UGGGCGCGGCCGGGUAGGGUGGGGCAGAAAGCAGCUGCCGGAGAGAGAAAGAGAAAAGAGAAAGGAGAGAGAGAAGAAAAAAAAGAAAAAGAGAAAGAAGAGAUAAAGGACAGAGAGAGGCGCUCUGGUUCCCAGGCUCCUAUCCCAAAUAGGCGGACCAGGGGACUGCCCUCUGGACCAGGGCCACAACCGAGAAUCACUCCAGAACAAGCGGGGGGCGCCCCGCCCCCCGGGUGCCCGACGUGGACGCGGCUGCCGCCACCGCCGCCGCCACCGCCGCCGCGCGGGAGUCGCUGUCCGCGGAGCCGACAUGCAAGCGGCGCGGGGCGGCGCGGGGCGGCCGGGCCGCGGGCCGGAGUGCAAGCGCCAGCGGCCGCUGGACACCAGAGCUGCGUCCCCCUGCGCCGCCCCGGGCCGGCCGGCCGGAGCCGCUACCAUGCACCCCGGGCCGCCCCGCACCGCACUCCGCCUGUGGCUGGGCUGCGUCUGCCUCGCGCUCGUGCAGGCGGACAGCCCCUCCGCCCCAGUGAAUGUCACCGUGAGGCACCUCAAGGCCAACUCCGCGGUGGUGAGCUGGGAUGUCCUGGAGGAUGAAGUUGUCAUCGGAUUUGCCAUCUCUCAGCAGAAGAAGGACGUGCGGAUGCUGCGCUUCAUCCAGGAGGUGAACACCACCACCCGCUCGUGCGCCCUCUGGGACCUGGAGGAGGACACGGAGUACAUCGUGCACGUUCAGGCCAUCUCCAUCCAGGGCCAGAGUCCGGCCAGCGAGCCGGUGCUCUUCAAGACCCCGCGCGAGGCGGAGAAGAUGACCUCCAAGAACAAAGAUGAGGUGACCAUGAAGGAGAUGGGGAGGAGCCAGCAGCUGCAGACGGGCGAGGUGCUGAUCAUUGUCGUGGUCCUGUUCAUGUGGGCCGGCGUCAUUGUUCUCUUCUGCCGCCAGUAUGACAUUAUCAAGGACAACGAACCCAAUAACAACAAGGAGAAAGCCAAGAGUGCGUCAGAAACCAGCACACCCGAGCACCAGGGCGGGGGUCUUCUCCGCAGCAAGAUAUGAACCCUUUCCAGUGCUGGCUCUGAGCAGCGCAGAAGACAGGCAGUAGAGGAUGUGAGAGGAUCUCAUGGUUCUGACGAUGAUUAUCCAACAAACACCUGGCCCUCUCUACAUUUCCUCCUCCCUGCAUCUCCUUACACCCUCUGGCGCUCCGUCCUGUCUCUUGGCUUCUCUCUUUCUGGCGCAUUUUCCUGAAGCCUCUUAUUAACCCCCAUCUCCAGAAGCACCUCAACAGUGUCUGUGGCUGAGGCUGUGCUGAGAGGCAGAUCUGCAGGAUGUGAGAGCCAGCCAGCAGGAUGGCUCUGUGGGGGUGGACUUGGUACCAGGGACGGUGGGUCCAGGACCCCGGCUUGACCAUUUGGCGGAGUGCGGCCGAAGGCUGGGUUUGGAAAGGCAGAGACGAGACACCUGGGCGGGGCCGCUCCCUUCCUUCCACGCCGGACUGGAGGAGAGCCAGGCUUCUAGGCCGCGGCCCUGCUGCUCCCUUCCCUCUCCUGCCCUCUCUGCUUCCGGUCUCACAAGAAGUCGUUCAAUCAGCCCUGGCCGCUUCUCUCAUGUUUCCCCCUGAGUUUCCAAACAAGCUCUCGGGGAACGUCAUCGAAGCGUGAGCCCCGUCUGCAGGGAGAGGAUUUCAUUUUUCUUCUCUGCUGGUCCCCAGGCCCACAGGCACAGGGAGAAGGGGGACUGCGGUGGAGGGAGUGCAGCUAGCCGCACCUUCGUGUCGUCCCCCUCCCCCCACCCCCCGCCGCCGUGUCCAAGUCUGGUGAAGGAGGCUAC